UUCAAUGAGAGUAUCAGAGUAGAGACAGCUCACAAACUGAAGGGGGAAGGAGAGAGGCGAGUAGCCAGACACAGACACGGUAAAACAAUGGAGCUCAGAGUGGGAAACAAGUACAGGCUGGGCAGGAAGAUUGGCAGCGGUUCUUUUGGGGACAUCUAUUUAGGUGCAAACAUUGCUACUGGUGAGGAGGUUGCUAUUAAGCUGGAAUGUGUGAAGACAAAGCACCCUCAAUUGCACAUUGAGAGCAAAUUCUACAAAAUGAUGCAGGGUGGAGUGGGGAUCCCUUCCAUCAAAUGGUGUGGUGCAGAGGGAGACUACAACGUGAUGGUAAUGGAGUUAUUGGGCCCAAGCCUGGAGGACCUCUUUAAUUUCUGCUCUCGCAAGUUCAGCCUGAAAACUGUACUCCUCCUUGCAGAUCAGAUGAUCAGCCGAAUUGAGUAUAUUCAUUCCAAGAACUUCAUACAUCGGGACGUAAAACCUGACAACUUCUUAAUGGGACUUGGCAAGAAGGGCAACUUGGUUUACAUUAUUGAUUUUGGGCUUGCCAAGAAGUAUCGUGAUGCUAGGACGCACCAGCACAUCCCAUAUAGAGAAAACAAAAACCUAACUGGGACUGCUAGAUAUGCAUCUAUCAACACCCAUCUUGGUAUAGAGCAAAGUCGCCGUGAUGAUUUGGAGAGCUUGGGAUAUGUGCUGAUGUACUUUAACCUUGGAUCACUACCAUGGCAAGGUUUGAAGGCUGCAACCAAACGUCAGAAGUACGAACGUAUUAGUGAGAAGAAAAUGUCUACGCCCAUUGAGGUUCUCUGCAAAGGCUACCCAUCUGAAUUCUCAACUUAUCUGAAUUUCUGCCGUUCCCUGCGGUUUGAUGACAAGCCGGAUUAUUCAUACCUGAGACAGUUGUUCCGUAACCUUUUCCAUCGGCAAGGCUUCUCCUACGACUAUGUGUUUGACUGGAACAUGCUAAAAUUUGGUGCAGCUCGGAACCCAGAGGAUCUGGACAGGGAGAGGCGAGAGCAUGACAGAGAAGAGAGAAUGGGGCAGCUGAGAGGCUCUGCUACUCGGGCACUUCCCCCUGGACCACCUGCUGGAACAGCCCCCAACCGCCUGAGGAAUGGUGCAGAACCAGUAGCCUCCACGCCUGCCUCUAGAAUUCAGCAAAGUGGUAACACCUCUCCAAGGGCUAUCUCACGGGUGGACAGGGAGCGCAAGGUCAGCAUGAGGUUACACCGGGGAGCCCCUGCAAAUGUUUCUUCCUCUGAUCUGACAGGGCGACAAGAAGUGUCACGGAUUUCAGCAUCACAGGCCAGUAUACCGUUUGACCACCUUGGGAAAUGAGGACAGCCACUCAACCAAUGUUUGCUUAGUGUCUUCACUGUAUUUCAUUUUCUUUUAAAUACAAAAUUUUAUUUUUUCUGCCAAUGAAGAGAGCCAUGCUGAGGAUGCUGGUUCUGGCGCUGAGCUCAAGAACUGAUGUGUCCGGGAUGAGCAUAUAGGUGUACCAGAGCUCUCCCCCCCCCCAUAACACUGGCAGUCCAGGACAGCGGAUGUUCUUCCUGCUUUCUCUAAACUGAACACUACAUAUAGAUAUAUACUGUAUAUAUUUUCCUUUUAUUUUUUAGCUUACCUCCCCUGCCCCCCCCAACAGGGAAAAAAAAACUCCAGCUUCAUGUGUAAGAUUCUAGCUCUAGCUACUCUUUUCUUCCGGCCUGAAGGAUGGGAAGUUUAGUCUGUUAAGAGAGUAAAGGUCUGACUUUUCUGUUGCUCUAUUGGAUCGGACCUGCCCCUCAUCUGCUCUUCUCCAGACUCCAUUUUCACAAUGGAAAGAUGCAUGCAGUUUUCCUGUGGCUUUGUUGGUCUCUUUGGAUAUUGCAGAUCUGAAGAGAAGGCAAUUACAUCUGUCUGUUCUAUAUGAAUCCACAGUGGAGGCCAAGCUUGAUUUUAGCAUUCGCUUGCUUUCUGAAACCCUGAGGAAUUGGGGUUUUUCUCGGAGAGAGGCGUAGCUUGCCUUGUCAGCUAGUGACCCUAGCUGUUCUGGCAGUUUUAGUUGUAGGUCAUAUAAUGUAUUUUAGUAGUAGGUUUAUUGUUGGGUAUCUCCCACUGUGGCUGCUAGUGGUAUGUCUAAUGCUUUUGAAAUAUUAAUAAUAAAAAAAAAAAAGUCUCCCCUUCCCACACUUCCGUAGUAUGAAGACUUGAGAAUGGAUGGCUGCUUUCUGAUUUUCGUAACAAAGACUGUGAAGGUGCACAAAAUAUAUUUUAUUGAGGAUUGUAAAAUAUAUCAAAGGGUCAGGAGGGCCCUGGGUGGUGGGAUUCUGAAUGUGUAAGCUCCCGUUUCCCUCCAUGUCCUGGACAAUGCCCAACCUGCACCACUAGAUGGCGCCAUGUAACUAGUUCUCAAACGCCCUUCAAACUGUUUCAAUAUUUAACAAAAUUUUGUUUCCUUAUUUAUUUACAGUAUCUUUUCUUUUUUUAUUUGUUGUAACUUUUAUUACUUUAUAAUUUUAAAAAAAGUGCAAAAAAAAAUUUGGGGGGAGAAAUACACACUUUUUGGGGGGGAUUUUUGUACUUCCUGUGUAAAUAUAGACUUUUUUCAGCUUUAAUGUGUUUGUUAAUUUGAGGUAAUAAAGUAGAAAAUUACAAAGUGAUUAAAAAAAAA